AUGGCGAUUACUCCAAAACCUACUGUUGGCUUCGUUGGCCUAGGAGCCAUGGGCUUCGGCAUGGCAGUCCAUCUCAUCACCCAGGGGUACUCCGUCAAGGGGUUUGAUACCUGGGCUCCUGCAUUGGAGCGGUUCAGGGAAGCCGGAGGUAAUGUGGCAGCGUCGUUGGAGGACUCUGCCAAAGGAUGCAUGUACUAUGUCUGCAUGGUGGCCUCAGCACCCCAGGUCCAAUCAAUCCUGUUCGACGAUGCUAAACCCAUUCUCAAAGCGCUACCCUUUGGAGCAACAUUCAUACUAUGCUCUACGGUACCGGCUGCAUAUGCUCAGUCCGUACGCGACCAGCUAGCGUCCAGCGGCAGGGGUGAUAUCUCUUUCAUCGAUGCGCCUGUCUCUGGUGGCGCCAUACGUGCUGCCAACGGGACCCUGUCGAUUAUGGCAGGAGGCUCAGACACAGCUCUUGAACGGGGGCGGUUCUUACUUGCUGAGAUGUCAGAUGCGGCCAAGCUGUACCUGGUCCCUGGCGGCGUUGGGGCCGGAAGCAAUAUGAAGAUGGUCCACCAGGUCUUAGCUGGGAUACAUAUUCUUGCCGCAAGUGAAGCCAUGGGAUUUGCUGCUCGACUUGGCCUCGAUGCACAGGAAGUCUGCAACGCCAUCGUUGCCUCAGAUGCAUGGAGCUGGAUGCAUGAGAACCGCUCUCCAAGGAUGCUAAAGGAAGACUAUUUCCCAGGCGUUAGUGCUUUGACUAUCAUCCUCAAAGAUGUCACCAUCAUUACCAAAUCUGCACGUCUACAUCAAUUCCCAGUGCCGCUCUCGUCCACUGCUGAGCAAAUUUACGUGGCCGGUCUGUCUCCUGGCUACGGCGCAGACGACGACGCUGGCAUGGUACGCAUGUAUUACCCAGAACCCAUCAGCAAGGUCAAAUCUCCUACUACCAUGACUCCAGAGUUCAAAUCCAAGGCUACAAACUUGGUUAUAUCGCUUCUUCGUCAUAUCCAUCUGUGUGCAGCUGCGGAAGCUAUUGCUUUUGCCCGCUUCCUAAGCCUUGACAUGGCUCAGUUCUACGAACUAGUCAAUGCAGCCGCAGGCGGUAGCUUCAUAUUUAAAUCCAAGGCUAUGGAAAUGAUUAACAGUGCCAAUCAGGCAGGGACUUCCGCAGUCAAGAUACUGAAUGAAGCUGUGGACGAGCUCUCAGACGUUGUUCAAGAGGCGAGAAAUGUGGACUGUCCUUUGCACCUGGGUGCUGCAGCUCUGGGGAUAUUACAUCAGGCAAAAUUUAGAGGAUGGGGUAAGGAUUCUGACUCGAGUGUUAUCAGGCUAUGGGAGACGCAUAAUGAACAUUGCUCAAAUUCGAGCUAG